AUGAGGCGCGUCUUUCUGAACAUAAUUCCUGCCCUUCUGACGACUGACAGAGUUCUAGGAAGCCAAAAAAUAGAAGAACAAAUGGAUAGAGAGUCAGAGGUGGUGUGGGCUGUUGUAUCUCUGGUUGUAGCCACUGCUAUUGUAUUACCUCUGCUCUAUCGCCUAAGAUUACCCUUCAAGGGACUAAAAGUUCCUCCAGGAUCACUUGGGGUACCUUUCGUCGGAGAAAAUAUCAGCCUCAAAGUCCACCAACACGAUUUUUAUGUUUACAGGAUGCAGAGAUAUGGGAGGGUUUUCAAAACUCACUUGUUUGGACAUCCUUCGAUUGUUAUAACGACUCCGGAAGCUGCAAAAUUCGUUCUUGUUGACCAGGCAGCUUGUUUCCGCCAACGUGGAUUGCCAAUAGUUGAAAAACUUCUUGGAGAGUCUUUCUUUGGCUACCAAAAUCAUAAACUGCAUCAUAGAUUAAGGAAGCUUAUGCAUCGCCCACUUCUCCCAGAGACCCUUCCUUCUUCUAUUCCUCUUAUUGAAGAGCUGGCGCUAAUGGUGAUGCGGACAUGGGAAGGAAGAUCUAUAAACGCUUUAGACGAGGCAAAGCAACUCGUUGCCAAUCAACAUACCCGGAACAAAUUACCACAAGGCUCUAAAGGUACUGAAAACGAAAGACGCACUGAACAGCCUCAGGUUUGUAUUCAGGACAGCAGGAAAAAGGCCUGUGCACUUAUAGAUAAGAUUAUAAGCUGGCGAAGGCUGGAAAGGCGGCCCCCGAGUGACAUUCUUGGGAUACUGAUGGAUGUUGAGGAUGAAGAUGGCACAAAGCUCAGUUCCAAAGAUAUUCAUGACAACAUUUUAACUUUACUUUUUGCUGGGCAUGAUACUGUUGCUGCAGCAUUGACCUGGAUGCUGAAAAAUUUAAUGGACCACCCAAAGCUUUUGGAGGAUGUUACUGUCGUGAAAGAGACUCUGCGAGUCGCAAAUUUGACUGAUUUCUCCUACAGAGAAAUCGUUGAAGAUGUUGAAUAUGGAGGUCUAACAGAAUACUAUCCAUCCACAAACAUCACAUUUACCAGAUUUUGUUUGUCUUUCCCAGGUUUCAUAUUUCCCAAGGGCUGGCGGCUUCUAGUUGCACACUGGGUGUUUCACCUCAGCCCAGAAUACCAUCCAAACCCAGAAGAGUUUGAUACUUCUAGGUGUGAACAUUGUGGAGCUCCUGAUGGAUCAGAUUUUGCACCCAUACAUAUACCAAAAGCUGGCCUGCCCAUUAACGUUAGGCGCAGUCCUGACCCUUUGACAUUCAAGAAGGUUGUAGGUUUGUUUAUGAAUGCAUUAGCAUAG